AUGGCCGGUACCCUAACAAAAUUCUGCAAAAAUUUAAAAGAUGUGUCUGCUGUUAAAAAUGGUGUUCUAGCACCUGCUGUCUACGUUCAAAAUCGCAACUAUGCUAGUGGAAAAAGGGUUGAAGUGGCGAAACCCGUCGUCGAGAUGGAUGGGGAUGAAAUGACGAGAAUCAUUUGGCACAAGAUUAAGGAAUCCCUAAUUUUUCCUUAUGUUAAACUCGAAUGCCUUUACUUCGAUUUGGGGCUACCACACAGGGACCAAACUAAUGAUCAGGUGACCAUUGAUGCUGCACAUGCCAUCUUAAAACAUAAUGUCGGAAUUAAAUGUGCUACUAUUACACCAGAUGAACAAAGAGUAGAAGAAUAUAAACUAAAAUCGAUGUGGAAAUCUCCAAAUGGAACCAUAAGAAAUAUUCUUGGAGGAACAGUAUUCAGAGAACCUAUUUUAUGUAAAAACAUUCCAAGACUAAUACCUGGUUGGACUCAAUCCAUGGUAAUUGGUCGUCAUGCACACGGUGAUCAAUACAAGGCUGUCGAUAUUGUUGUAGAUAAACCUGGAAAGCUAGAAUUAGUCGUAACAACUGAUGACGGCAAAGAACAGAGGUACGAAGUGUUCAGGUACAAAGACUCAGGUGUGGGGAUGGCUAUGUACAACACAGAUGAAAGUAUUGCAUCUUUCGCUCAUUCUUCAUUCCAAGUUGGUAUUCAAAAGGGCUGGCCAGUAUACUUGUCCACGAAAAACACAAUUUUGAAAAAAUAUGAUGGUAGAUUCAAGGAUAUAUUCCAGGAAAUCUUCGAGAAACAUUACAAAGCCCAGUUCGAUGCUAAAAAGAUCUGGUACGAGCAUCGUCUUAUCGACGACAUGGUAGCCCAAGCUAUUAAGUCUUCAGGAGGGUUCGUUUGGGCUUGCAAGAACUACGAUGGAGACGUCCAAUCAGAUGUAAUUGCUCAGGGUUAUGGCUCUCUGGGUAUGAUGACUUCAGUAUUGAUGUGCCCCGAUGGAAAGACCAUCGAAUCGGAAGCUGCGCACGGAACAGUAACCAGACAUUACAGGAUGCACCAAAAAGGCCAGCAAACCUCAACCAAUCCCAUCGCAUCCAUCUUCGCAUGGACCAGAGGUCUAAUCCACCGUGGAAACCUCGAUGGGAAUAAAGAUCUCGUCGCUUUCGGCAACAAGUUAGAGCAAGCUUGCGUAGACACAGUUGAAAGUGGAAAAAUGACCAAAGAUUUGGCAGCUUCCAUCCAUGGACUUCCCAAUGUUAAGGAGGGAAUGUUCUUGAACACUCAAGACUUUUUAGAAGCUAUUUCUGAACAAUUAAAAAGAACAGUUUGA